GAGAGCGCAGUUGAGGGCAGUGUGUGUCUGGUCACGCUUUUCUCUGUCGCUGAGCUCCCGAGGUCUCCUCCAGCCCCAUCAGGUGGGGAUUUGCAGGGCAGACAGAAAUGUUCAAACUAGAAAUGGGGAACAGCCGAACCCAGGGGUGCGCUGAGCCUGCGGUGAUGAGGACUGUUAAAAUGAGCCCAAAUGUAGAUCGCUGUCCCUGGAUUUUGGACUCCCAAGCCAGCUCCCUCCCUUUGUCCUAGCAGUGGGGACAAGGAGCCCAGUAGUGUCACUGCUGCUCCUGUGGAUGGGGACACUGCAGCGAAGGGGGUGUCACUCCUUCAGCACUGCCCAAGGGUGGAAAGAGAGCCCGGGAGCCUUGAAUCCUGCUGCUGUCUCCAAACUAAUCGGCCCUCCCUGUGCCUGCUGUUUGCAGUGUCAACCCUGCGAAUGUCACCUGAACCCACAGCCACCAGCACUCCUUUAAAGCCUGGAUGGUGGAACGGAAACUCCUUGUUCUUUUCGGCAGCCAAACUGGGACAGCUCAAGACACAGCUGAGAGAAUUGGCAGAGAAGCCAAGCGACGCCACUUUCAGUGCAGAGUGGAGGCGCUGGACAGCUAUGACGUGGCCAACCUCAUCAAUGAGCUGUUGGUGAUAUUUGUCUGUGCAACCACUGGCCAGGGUGACCCACCUGACAACAUGAAGAUGUUCUGGCGGUUUCUGUUCCGGAAGAACCUACCGCCCGGUUCCCUCUGCCAGCUGGACUAUGCUGUGCUGGGCCUUGGCGACUCCUCCUAUCCCAAGUUUAAUUUUGUUGCGAAGAAGCUGCACAAACGGGUGCUACAGCUUGGGGGCAACCCUCUGCUGCCAGUGGCGUUGGGAGAUGACCAGCAUGACUUAGGGCCAGAUGCAGUGGUAGAUCCAUGGCUCCUGGCCUUAUGGGACAAGAUCCUUGCCUUGUAUCCUCUUCCUCCUGGCCUUGAGAUCAUCAGUCCAGAUGUACGCCCGCCCCCAAAAUACACCCUGCACUACCUGGCUGAGGACUCCCCGUAUCCCAAUGGUGGCCUGCUCCAGCCAAUAGCACCUAGAGCUGUUCCCUCUGAGCUGCAUCCCUUCGCUGCCCGGGUGGUGUCCAAUCAGCGGGUCACAGCAGAAUCCCAUUUCCAGGAUGUCCGGCUCAUCGAGUUCGAUGUCACAGGCUCGGGGAUCAUGUUCAGUGCUGGGGAUGUGGUGAUGAUCCAGCCCCAGAACUGCCCUGAAGAUGUGCAGCAGUUCUGCCAGCUCCUGCGCCUGGAUCCAGACAGAUGCUUUGUGUUGAAGCCCACAGAGCCUGAUGCAUCCCUCCCUGCCCUCUUGCCACAGCCCUGCACCAUCCGGCACCUGGUCACCCACUACCUGGACAUCUCCUGUGUGCCACGGCGCUCCUUUUUCGAGCUCUUGUCUUACUUCUCUACGAACGAGCUGGAGCGGGAGAAGCUACAGGAGUUCAGCUCUGCGCAGGGCCAGGAAGAGCUGUACAGCUACUGCAACCGGCCCCGCAGGACCACUCUCGAGGCCCUCUGGGAUUUCCCCCACACUACAUGUGCCAUUCCGCCUGAAUACCUGCUGGACCUCAUCCCUCGCAUCAGACCCCGCGCCUUCUCCAUCGCCUCCUCCAUGCUGGCUCACCCUGAUCGGAUCCAGAUCCUCAUGGCAGUAGUGCGGUACAAGACACAGCUCAGUAAACCCCGCCGUGGUCUCUGUUCUACCUGGUUGGCUUCUCUCAACCCAGAGCAAGGUGAUUUCCGGGUACCUCUCUGGGUGAAGAAAGGAGGAAUGAAGUUCCCAGCUGACCCUGACACCCCUGUGAUCAUGAUUGGCCCUGGCACAGGGGUGGCACCUUUCCGAGCAGCGAUACAGGAGCGGGUGGCACAAGGACGUAGAGGGAACUGCUUGUUCUUUGGCUGCCGCCAGAAAUCCAAGGACUUCUACUGCCAGGCGGAGUGGGAAGAGCUGGUGACAAAGGGCUUCCUGACGCUCUUCACUGCCUUCUCCAGGGACCAGGAGGAGAAGGUUUAUGUUCAGCACCGCAUCCAGGAGAACCAAAGGCUGGUGUGGGAGCUGCUGAACAGCAGGAAUGCUCACAUCUACCUGGCUGGGAAUGCCAAGCAGAUGCCAGCGGCGGUGGCCGAAGCCCUGCAGUCGGUGUUGCAGCUGGAAGGUGGCCUGUCACCCUCCGAAGCAGAGGAGCAUUUAAUAGCCCUGGAACGGUCCCAGCGCUUCCAGUCUGAAACCUGGUCGUAAACUGGCUCCCUGCCUCUGCCUUCCCUGCAAACUCUGUCUGAAUAAAGGAGCCAGCAAAACGA